UUUCUGUUGUCAGGUUGGCCUAGCGUGGUGUUGUAGUCACAAAUGUUUCUAAGGGGUUUUCGUUUCCGUUUUCCAUUGAAAACGUUGACUCGUGACAAAACGCGUGAAUCCAAUUACUGUCAUCGUGUGGCGUGAGAUGACGUCACGUGUGAUUUACGUGUGCAACGAGGAAAACUUUCCAUGCAUGUCCGGUCCAACUCAUAACUGCGUUUCGUUGCUGGUGAUGAAAUCAAAUUCGACUGACAUUUGUACAAGGAGGUGUGUUGAAGAACAGUCCCCAAAAACAAUCUGACAAGUCUUACAACAGUGGACGCUGCCUUGAUUCUGGCAAAAACAUGAGACAUUGUAGGAAACACAGAACUCACCGAAACUCCUUUGAAAUUGCUUUGUUUGGAGCUGCUUGCGUGGGGAAAACUUCGCUUGUUCGACGCUCUUUUUAUGGAGAAUUCAACCAUGAAUACACUCCCACGGUGGAGGACUAUUACCGUCAUGAGAUUCACAGAAAUGGCGGCGUGACUGUGCUUGAUGCCACUGAUUGUGCAGGGAGUUUUCAGUUCCCUGCCAUGAGGCAGGUGACAAUACGUCGAGCUGCUGGGAUAGUAUUGGUGUUCUCAUUAGACAGUGAAUUCUCGUUUCGCGAAUUGCAAAGAAUAUUGGACGAAAUCAUCGCAGCUAAAGCCGAGGAGGGUGUUCCGAUUGUUAUAGUUGGUAACAAAAAAGACUUGAAUGUACGGGAAGUUAGAGAGGAAGACAUAACGGAACUAAUCAGAAUGAACAGCUCGGAUAAAUUCCAACUGCGGUAUGUAGAGACAUCUGCUAAAGACAGUGCCAACGUGGACGAAGUGUUUGACCAACUUCUUAGACUUCUUAUGCCAGAGCCUCCACUAAAGAAGAGCAAAAUCAAAGUUUUUAACUUCAAAGCUAAAGAAAAAUGCAGUAUUAUGUAAAUUAUUUAGAGUAUUUUGUACAAAGCAACUUGAAAAUUAUUAGACAUCGUGCUUUACAGUUCUUGCUUUGUGACUCCUUUGUGAAUUAAUUUAUUUUUAAAAUAUUGUACAUAUUUCAAUUGAGCUGGAGUAAGUUAUUAUUAAAUGCGAUUAUGAAGACUUUA